AUGAAAGAUGUAGAAUUUGAAGAAUUUAAACAAAAUCUUGACGAAUACAUUCCAUUGAUUCCAGAUUCUGUUUUAGAUUAUUAUAUGCAGAAAUCUGGUGUAACAUCGUCGGAUACAAAUGUUAAAAAGCUUGUAUCUUUACUGUCCCAUAAAUUUAUUUCAGAUGUAUGUGCUUCUUCAUUCCAAUACCAUAAACUCAGGCAAAAAAACGCACAGAAGGAUAAACGAUUUAGUCGGGAUAAAAAGGCUUCUUUACAAGUUGUAGAUGUAGAAAAAGCUUUGGAAGAAAUAGGAAUUAAUAUUUCUAGGCCUCAUUAUUACAUGUAA